AUGGAGCUUCAAAACAUUGGCUCCAACAACAACAAUGAUGCCUUCUACAGGUACAAAAUGCCGAAGCUGGUGACCAAGAUUCAUGGGCGUGGCAAUGGUAUUAAGACAAACAUUGUGAAUAUUGUCGAGGUGGCUAAGGCACUUGCACGUUCCCCAGCACAUGUAACAAAGUUUUUUGGUUGUGAGCUUGGGGCGCAAUCCAGUUUCGACAACAAAACUCAUACUUCUAUUGUCAAUGGCGCUCACGAAACUCAAAAACUGUGUGAUCUCUUGGAUAGGUUCAUUGAGAAAUAUGUUCAGUGUUACAAGUGUGGGAAUCCGGAGACUGAUAUUGUGCUAGACAAAAUGAUAAGUCUGAAGUGUGCAGCGUGUGGCCACCUUUCUCAUAUGGAUCCCCUCGACAGCAACAAGGCGAUGAUGAAGUUUUACAGUCAGAACAACAGCAUUGGAUGCAGCAAGAAAGAUAAAAGGGUUGCCAAAGUGAUUCUGAAGAGCCAAAGCAUCAAGACUAGAAACCUUCAAGAGGAGGACAAAGAUGAUGAUGAUAUUAAAUGGCAUGCUGAUGCAUCUGUAGAAGCUGCUCACCAGCGUAUGAAAGAGCAACUUACUAAAGCUGCUACUUCUAUGAUUCUUCCUUGA